AGGCGCGCGGAGCUGUCCGUUCAGCACCACCGCGCCGCGCCCAACGCAGGGCCCGCGCCCGGUCACACCCGCUCUGCUCCCGCCCGGGUUCACGGGGCGCCUGCGGCGCGGGCUGCUGCUUCUCUCGGCGGGUGACGGGCGCGCGGAUCCGGAGAAGGGGCUCCGCGAGCGGCGGGACCACGCAGCCACCUGUGAGCCUUCCGCAGCUGCAGGCGGCGGCGGCUUGCCCGGCCCGAGACGGGAGGAGAAGCUCGGCGGCCCCCGCCCGCCGGCCCGCCAGGCGCACACUCGGGCGCACACACUCGCAUCCGCGCACGCACCGCCAGCAGGCAGCGGCCACCGCCGCGAUGCUCGCCCGCAGGUCGGGGAAGUUUCCCGCCGGCCUCGGCCGCGGGCGCCCGUGCUCCCAGGUGUAGCGCCCCCGCGCGGCGCGGGCGGCCGGUGCCUCCAGCAUGACCGGCCAGAGCCUGUGGGACGUGUCGGAGGCCAACGUCGAGGACGGGGAGAUCCGCAUCAACGUGGGCGGCUUCAAGAGGAGGCUGCGCUCGCACACGCUGCUGCGCUUUCCCGAGACGCGCCUGGGCCGCCUGCUGCUCUGCCACUCACGCGAGGCCAUUCUGGAGCUCUGUGAUGACUACGACGACGUCCAGCGGGAGUUCUACUUUGACCGCAACCCUGAGCUCUUCCCCUACGUGCUGCAUUUCUAUCACACCGGCAAGCUUCACGUCAUGGCUGAGCUGUGCGUAUUCUCCUUCAGCCAGGAGAUCGAGUACUGGGGCAUCAACGAGUUCUUCAUUGACUCCUGCUGCAGCUACAGCUACCAUGGUCGCAAAGUGGAGCCCGAGCAGGAGAAGUGGGACGAGCAGAGUGACCAGGAGAGCACCACGUCUUCCUUCGAUGAGAUCCUUGCCUUCUACAACGACGCCUCGAAGUUCGAUGGGCAGCCCCUUGGCAACUUCCGCAGGCAGCUGUGGCUGGCCCUGGACAACCCUGGCUACUCAGUGCUGAGCAGGGUCUUCAGCAUCCUGUCCAUUCUGGUGGUGAUGGGGUCCAUCAUCACCAUGUGCCUCAAUAGCCUGCCUGACUUCCAAAUCCCUGAUAGCCAGGGCAACCCUGGCGAGGACCCUAGGUUCGAAAUCGUGGAGCACUUUGGCAUCGCCUGGUUCACAUUUGAGCUGGUGGCCAGGUUUGCUGUGGCCCCUGACUUCCUCAAGUUCUUCAAGAAUGCCCUAAACCUUAUUGACCUCAUGUCCAUCGUCCCCUUUUACAUAACUCUAGUGGUGAACCUGGUGGUGGAGAGCACACCUACCUUAGCCAACUUGGGCAGGGUGGCCCAGGUCCUGAGGCUGAUGCGGAUCUUCCGCAUCUUAAAGCUGGCCAGGCACUCCACGGGCCUCCGCUCCCUGGGGGCCACUUUGAAAUACAGCUACAAAGAAGUAGGGCUGCUCUUGCUCUACCUCUCCGUCGGAAUUUCCAUCUUCUCCGUGGUGGCCUACACCAUUGAAAAGGAGGAGAACGAGGGCCUGGCCACCAUCCCCGCCUGCUGGUGGUGGGCUACUGUCAGUAUGACCACAGUGGGGUAUGGGGAUGUGGUCCCAGGGACCACGGCAGGGAAGCUGACUGCCUCUGCCUGCAUCUUGGCAGGCAUCCUCGUGGUGGUCCUGCCCAUCACCUUGAUCUUCAAUAAGUUCUCCCACUUUUACCGGCGCCAAAAGCAACUUGAGAGUGCCAUGCGCAGCUGUGACUUUGGAGAUGGAAUGAAGGAGGUCCCUUCAGUCAAUUUAAGGGACUAUUAUGCCCAUAAAGUUAAAUCCCUCAUGGCAAGCCUGACGAACAUGAGCAGGAGCUCACCAAGUGAACUCAGUUUAAAUGAUUCACUACAUUAGCUGGGAGGACUUGUCACCCUCCACCCUACAUUGCUGAGCUGCCUCUUGUGCCUCUGGCACAGCCAGGCACCUUAUGGUUAUGGUGUAAGGAGUAUGCCCAGCCCCUGAGGGGAGAGAUGCAUGGGAUAUGCACCCAGGUUUCUUUUGCAGUAUUUAGAAUCGUUUUUAGAGGGUGGUGUGUCUGACACCAUGCCUUUGCACCUUGCCAUGAAAUGACACUCACUGGUCUUUGCAUCGUGGGCAUAAAAUGUUCACCUUUUUGCCAGAUGAGUACACCCAGAAUGCUAAUUUUUCUGUUCAUCGUGUACGCUAUUCUAGUGCUUGUGGCCCAGUACUGUCUAUGAGUUGUUGUGCUCCUGUUUCUGAGGUUGUCGUGUGAGUUCUGUACAAAAAGCCCCCACAAGUCUGUCCACUGGAAAUGCAUCUAUGAGGUCAGCAAGGAUAUCAUGAGAUUUUUGCUCACAGUCAUGUGAAAACAAAAUCUCAGCUCUUUAUUCAUUGCUUUCAUUUAGUUUUAAUACCAAAACAAAGAGAAUGCAAAGUUAAGCACACUUGACUAAUGCAAGUCUUAAGUUGUUUUUAUAAAUGAUCUGUAGUUCCGUGGCUUGCAUGGGUGCACCUAUCAUCUUUAGAACGAUGUACACUGAUGUUCAUCUCAUAAAUGUCACUCUUUAGAGAAUGUUAGUUAAACAUGUAGCGAAGAUCGAAUUUUUUCUCCAAGGACAGAUGCGUUAGGGAGAGGGGCUUCAGCUAAAUAGUCGAGACCCUAGGGUGCUUAAAGCCAAGUCAGUGCAGGCUGAGCCCCUUGGUUCAUGGUCAAACCUCCGUGUUUGCUAGGGUGACUGUAGAGACAUGUAUUUCUGGAUGAGGUUUCUGAUCUAGACCAUUUGACCAAACUUUGCUGCGUCUAAGAUAUUAGCAUGUUUUUGAAAUAUUUAUUUUUUAAGAUGUUUAGGAGUAAGGUUGUGUUGUCUUCCUCAACUAAAAAGAAGUUUACUGUUGUAUCGUCUCCCUGAGGUGAACGUUGUUGAGUUGCUAGCAAGGGCAGUAGCUUACUUUUGUUGCCUGCUCUGAAAGCUCAUCAAAUGAGAGCCCUUUUAUUUCUAAGCAGAAUUUACUCAAAUAAUUUUGCUUCUAAGAUAUAGUAUGUUGUAUAUAUGUUAUGUUUUCCCUGGAGUUCCUGCCAUGACAUGGAAACCUGGUGGUAUGGAAGCAUGUACUCAAAAUAUAGAUGUGCAUGAAGGUGGUGUGGCUUACCCAGGAUGGAAAUGCUGCAGUUCUUACUUGCAUUCCAACUGCCUUUCAUUGAGGGUGAGUGGGUAGAGGCCAGGAGAAAGGAAAGAGUUGUAAAAUAAAAAAACUGCUAGUUCAUAAAAUGUCAUAAAAAUUGUAAACUUGAAAAGCUUAAUGCUAUUCAAAAGACUUUCGAACUUCUAAACUUGCAUUGAAGGGAGAUGACUGUUUUCUCCUCCAAAAUUCUCCUGCCCCUGUUGUUCAGUUAACCAGCACAUAACAUUGUGAUGGGGAACCUGGGUUCCUCUAUAAGAUAAUUUUUCUCCAUCAUCUCUAAGGUAAUCUGAUGGUUUUCCAGGGGGCUUUCAUUAUUGUUCCAUCUUUGAAAAGGCAAUAGAACCCAGGGGUCUGAGCAUGGAGCUAUCCAGGCUUUUCAUCCAAAGGUUGGGACUCUUCUUAAGAGGUCCUUUUGUGUUUCAGUUGAUUGAAGAUGAUACUUACCUCGUGGAGGCGUGGCAAGGGUCUUCUCAGAAGGCUUUGUGUUCUUGUAGUUGUCAUGGCUACUACAGUGUGGGUGAUUGAUUGAAUGAAUUCACUAGCCGCUUGUGUCCUGGAGCCCCCAGUUCAAAUCUUUCCAUCAGACUGGAGGCUCAUGGGAGGCUGGGGGUGGCUGUCUCCUAGUGUCUACAUCCAUGUCUCUGAAGCAUCAGGAAAAGUGAGAUGACUUAGAGGCAAUGGGGCACUGAAUCAGAGGAGCAGGGCUAUUUUUCAGAAUUUGCACAUGGAACACUUAGCUUUGGCUGAUGCUUCCAGCCCUGGAAGGCAUAACAUUUACAGCGUCAUCCCCAGCUGCACUGAAGGCAGGUGGUGGUACAGACUUAAGAGGACCGUUCAGUUUGCCAAGGCUGAUGGUAUUGGGUCACUGAGCCUGGUAUCCACGGCCACUGACCAGGAAACUUAUGCAAAGUGGAAACAAGGAAGGAGGCAGAAUAACUCAGUCACUCUCAUGAGGUUUUUCUAAACAAGAAGGCUUACCACCAAAAAAGAGGUACCCUAGUGGUUACCCUUUGCAGAUGUGAAAGCUGGAAAACUUGACUUUUCUUUUUGGUAAUGACUUGCAUUUAUCUGGUGCCUUUCAUUGGAGGAAUCCCAAAGUGCUUUAGAGACUAUCUUUUUAACAUCUCUUGUACAUACAUAUAUACUUACAUAUAUACUUAUAUAAUAUUAUCUUGCCCACCUGGACCUUUAAUCACUUCUGAGCAUGAGAAUGUCCCAAUAGCAUUGAGUUUUUCAAGUGGUGGUUUUAGAUAAGUGGGAGAGAGAACAACCCGGCUGGCUUGAACCAUGGAGCUAAUUCCCACAAGGGAUGUAGACUGACUGGUGACCCAGAGAGAAAUAAUCUUCCUCUUCCCUAAAGUCUCACUAAGAUGUGAAGUUUACAGGUGCUCUCCACUGGGUCUUCGAUUGACCUUGUUAGGUAACAUCUAACCAGCAGGUUUUUUUAGUCCCUGAAGCUUACCAGGGAGGGUCAGGUUAAUUUUCUGCAUUGCUCUUGGAGCAAAGGCUAAAAAUAUGAGGUGACAUCUUUGGCAACCAGGCUGUCAGACUGACCUGUAAACCUCCUUUAGGGGGACAGAGUAGAAACUGGAGAUGAUUUGUUUCCAGCUGUGAGCUUGAGAGAAGCGUCACUCCCAACAUUUGAAGGUUAUUGCUUUCAAUACCAUUGGGACAAAUAUAUGGGCCAGGCUUUGAUAUCUGUGAUGCGCAUUUUGGAAGUGCUGGGUUGGGAAGUGACACAUGUCUGUUGCACAAAUGCAUAUUGGUUAUAGGAUUGUGUUUUCUGCCAAACCCCCACAUUUCUUGGGUUUGCGAGUGAGGAAGGGCAUGUUGUAAUGCCGAGCUGAUUUGUAGCUCGUAAGGUAGUAAUUGGUAUUUAACAUUUGGAUUUGUUAUUUCUACUUAUCUUAGCACUCAGAUAAUUGAACUACCUGCUAAUUCUUGCCUCAUUUCAAAGAAAAUAAGUUGUUAUGCACUUUGGGAUAGUGGUGAUCUGUACAGGCUGUGUGUUAGCUACUUGAAGGCUUAACUGGUAUUUCUUGUAUGUUUUAACAGCAUGACUUCUUACAGAGUUGUAAUUUUUAAAAUUGAGGACGCCGUAUUUGAGAUGUCAGUUUUAACACUCAUUAACACACUACUGUGCAAGCAUUGAUGCAGGCUGCACGGAACCGUUAUGUCUGAUUGUUGCACUUUCAUCUCUGUGCCUGGAUUCGGGAAUGGGCAGUAAUACUGACACACCCAGGACUCCAGCUUCAAAAAGUGUGCAGAUUAAAUAGAUGAAAAUUAUUUGCACCUCUUGGAGGUACUUCAAUUACAUAUGCAGUAGCAAACAAGGAGGGCAUUUAAAGUUGGGGACCAGAUUUCCUGAGAAAGCCUGUUGUUUUUGUUUUUGUUUUUGUUUUUUUGCAGUUUGGGGGAAGGGGAAGCUGUUGUUUAUUCUUUGUAAAGGCGGGGUCCUGCUUUUCUAGGAUCUUGAGCCACUGGCCUCCUUUGUAGAAGGAAUGGUCAUGUACUCUUGUAACUCUUGUGAAACAGACACCCCUGCAGGAUUUUCCUCCCGCAUGCUUUCCUGCUCAGCACCUCUGUCAGCCUGCCCUGCCAGCCCCACCCUGUUCCAAAGUGCCACUCUCCCUGCUGCUGAAGUAGCUCCCUCAUAGUAAAUUGGGUAACCCUAAGUGUCCUGGCUGGUUGGGCAUGAACACUGCUGGGGGAUACAUAGAGACACUUCUUGGCACACUUAAAAUAGACUGAGAGUAUAAGCCGGUCCAAAGGCCAUGGUGAAUCAGUAGGAAGGCCACUGGGCAGACUUGGUUCUGCUGGGUGUUGCCUUCAGCUCUGUGACUGUAGGUACAUAGUGUGGCCUCUCCAAGCCUCACCUUCCACUGCUGCAAAAUGAGAAGGUUGGAUUAGAUCAUCCUUAAAGCCCUACCCACUUCUUCAUCUCAAUAUAAAAACAGAAUUUCUGCAUGUCUCUCUAUGUCCUCAUUCUAGCCAUGAGCCGAUCCUACUAUCCCUAAUUUAUUUUUAAGAAGAGCAGAGACAUUGUUUACAAACAACCUUCUAUUUGGUUUCAUUUCCUCUUCAGCAGUCAGCCACAAUAGACGACAUUUGCAGGGACAAUGCAAUCAGGGAAAUGCUUGAGCUAGGUUCUGAUCCAAGUGAAUCAAGUUUUAAAAUCAUCAGCGAGUGUCUCCUUUGGGAUUUCCACUAUUUCCACCUAGGUACACCGAAUCCAGAUUCCUGCUAUUAACAAUCAUUAGACAGAGGAAAAUCACCAAGAUCCCAUUCAACUUCAGGGCUAACACUGCUCAUUUUGGUUUGUUGCCUUUGUGAAGGAUAGGAGAUCCCCUACCUGUUUCCAUGAGGUUAUUGGGCCCCAGAAGGGGCCCUGAGUUGUAGAGAGCAGAUGGCUGUCCCAUCCAACACUCAACUCACACUGAGCAGUGGUGGCAUCUGCAGGUGACCUUGUCUGUGUAUGCAGCAGAACGGUGUAGAAAUCUGUGUUAACCUUGCCCCACACUCGUUGAGGCUGAGGAAGGAUGCACAGCACUGCUCUCCAGCCUCGCCACUGUCUUUGCAUUCCAUCAAGUAGGGGGUAGCUCAGCUCCUCCCCUUUAGCCACCAUCCCUGCAGCAAGGGUAUAAAUGAAUGUUCAGGGGUAUCUUAGGGCCAGGAUGCCUUACAUCUUAAAAGGAAAAACAAACACCUCCCCUUGAGGGAAGAACUUACAUGUUGCAUGUACACGGUUAUUAUCUCCUGUUAUUUUUAGGAGAAUUCUUAACUAGCAUUUCCACCCAAGGACCUUACAUGGGUGUUACAUCUGGUCGAUGCUGCAGGUCUGAAACUCUGCAACAUUUUCCCUCUUCUGGGACCUCACUUGUCAAUAGCAUCAUCCUCCUGGGUAAAUUCUCCCAAGCAAACGACUGUGUCUGCAGCUGGCAGCUGAUGCAUUCAGAAGAACAGAGACGCAAACAAGUCCUCAGAGAUCCGUGGAGGGGAAAGAGAGGGAGGGGAAAGAGAUACAAGAGAGGGAGAGAAGAAGGCUGGCAUGCCUUGGAGUUGUGUAAGGUCCUACAGAAGGAACGGGAUAGGAAGAAACCAGAACAUGGAGGGAAAGAGAAAAAAAGAGGGAACAGGAGAGAGUGAAUAAAGGAAAAUGCAGAGAAGAAAGAAAGGAAAAGAGCAGAGAGCAAAAAGAGAGGCAAUGUCUAGUGACAUUAUUUUAGGACUUCCAGUGAGUCUAUUUUAUUUCCAGUCAACCUAGCGUGCUCCUAGCUCAGCAAGGCCUCCUGGAGGCAACGAUCGCUGGGGUUGCUCCCACUGCUCUCCACCUGGACUGGCCCCCAUCCCUGCUUGCCAGAGGGCUUCACAGUCUGGUAGAAUAGAGAGCUCCGGAGCCCACUGGAAGCAUUUUUGGAUGAAGAGGGCAAUGAGGACACAAGGAAAGAAGGAAUGACUGUUUCCUCUGUGAAGACAAGACUUCCGGGCUACAAACAGAAAGAGGACUCCAGGGGCCAGCCAGACAGGGUGUGGUGCUGGGAGUCAGGGCUGGACAGGUGGAGGGGAGGGAAAAGGAAAAAAACCUUUUCCUCCAGGAACAGGAACCUGCAUAGGCAGAGAAAAGAAGGCCGAAGCCCCAGCAUGUGUGCAGAACGUCGAAGUCAGUAAGUCUAGAGAGAAGCAAGGUGCAGAUGGGGGGCAGAGCUAAGCCAUCUGAAGAGCCUGAGCUUCAUGCUUUUGUCACCAGGGUGGAGACAUCCUGACCUGAUGAAUGUUGUCAGAAUGUGACUCUAGCAUCAGCUUGCAAGUGUGAGAGGGGACAGGUGGCUGAUUUGAGGUCACGGUCACAGUAUAGAUCAGAUACAAAGGGAGUGGGGUGGGGAGGAGGAGCAGUGCAGGUCAGCGGGGAGGCGGCUCUGCAGGACUCCAUCAGUGACUGGAUAUGGGAUGAGAGGGAGAGGAGAAUGGUUUCUGGGUUUCUGGCUGGGUUGGUGGCUGGGUGGAUGGUGGUGCCACGUGGAGAGGUAGGGAAUACUCAGAGCCAUGUUGCCUGAGUGCCUGGGACACACAGAGGGGGUGUGCGGUGGGCAGAGGGAGGCCUGGGGUGGGAGUCCUCAGCUUAGAGAUGGAAGUGGACACCAUGGAGAGGCCAGGAGUCACCCUGAGGGAGACUGGCAUGGGAAGGGACCCUUGGGGAUGAGUGAGGCCAUAGCCUUGCUUUUCUCAGCUGACUCCUUAUCUGUCAACCUAUUUCUUUCCUUUUGCCUGAGAAAUCCUAGAGGGGUGACCUUGGCUUUCCUCUCCUGCCACUUCCUUGUGUUUUCUCUGUGACCGGCCUCUGUUCCCACCGCCCUUUUGGAACUGCUGUCCUGAUGGUCACCAGUGCUUUCCUGAUAGCCAAAUUCAGUGUCCUGUCCUCCACUCUCAAGCUCCCCCGAAUUCUUUGGCCACACAGAUCAGCCUCUAAGUCCCGGGCACUCCCUCCUUUGCGAUUUUUGGGGCUCUGCUUUUCCCUCCCAUCACCCCGUGGUUCUUCCUUCUCCUCUGACCCCUCCCUCUUUAGUUUCUCCCACAAUUCUGUCCACAGCCACACUGUCCGUAGGAGCCUGCCACACCCUAUAUCCAACUGCAGCCUCAACCCACCUGCAAAGGACCCCUGUGUCUCCUGCCCGAUGCCCUCACUCCUGAGCCCCACACCCACGUCACCCAUGUGCAUUGGCAUUCGCUCUCUCUAAAAUGGAACUUCCCACCUUCACUCCAAACUUGCUCUUCCUCCUGACUUCUUCCUCAUUUCUGUCAAUGGAACCACAGCGCUCCCAGCCCCUCGGGUUGAAAUUUCGGUCAUCUUUGAAUCCUCCCAAUUUAUGUACCCCUUUACUCACCAUCGUGAUUAUUUACUGGCAGCUGAGUAAUUGCCAAGUACCAUGUUAGAUGCAAGGGAAAUAAAUCCAAAGGGCGUUGUGCACAGUCAUAAGCAGUGUAGACUUGAGAGACACUUUACUGUGCAGCAGAAUCCUCCGGGGAGCUUUUCACGAUGUAGAUUUCUGGGCAUCACCCAUCUACGAAUUCAGACUCUUGAGGUGAAACCAGGAAUCUGCAGUUAAAGGUUUGCAGGUGACUUGGGUUCAGGUGGCUUUCAGACCAUUCAUGGGGAAACACUACUUCAGGGGUUCCCCUUGCAGACCACAUCAUCUCCUCGCCUGCACCCACUGGACCAGGUGUCACCCGCACUUUCCUCGGUAUCUUGCACGUUGGUCCCCUUGUAUCCAUUCUAGGGCUCUCACCCCACUUCUGUCUGUGUUAACUCAUGUUCAUUCCCAACAGACUCAUCCCCAGGCUCUCCCCCAACAACCCAUCCUUUUCUGCAACCCCUCCACUCCCCGCCCCACACACACAUCUUUCUCUUUCCAGUGUCUUAGACCUACUAGUGACUUCUUGGCCACCGUUGGUGCUCCUGUUGAAUAUAACCACAGAUGCCAAGGGCCACAGCUGAGGAAGUGGAAAAUCUGCACGGGCCCAGUAAGGUGCUAUCUAAAAGACAGAAAAGGGCCCAUUUAGGAAGGAGUUGCCUUUCAAUGGGCAGCCAGGCACAGGCAGAAGAGACAUUAGAGCUUUGUAACUAGGGACACACAGAGUUGGCAGCACAAAGGGCCUGGGCCUCUGAAGGUUGUAUGGCCAGGCUCAUCAUCCAUCCAGGGAUGACCCAGCCUGCACCCUAGACUCUCGACCUCCCACAGCAGCCGGUCCAUCUGCCCAGCAGUCCCUGGGCACCCAGGAGCACAGCCUACAUGGCAUGAGCGGGUGGACUGGGGGUAUGUGGCAGGAACAGAAUUGGGGUUCUUGGGGAGGUUUUUUUCCACUUAAAACUCUUUUUGUCGCCUACGUCUCCAGACAUUUAAAGACUUCUGAGCUAUUUUCAGACCUACUAUGAAAAGAACUGAGGUGCUAGCAGUCAGACACCCAUCGAACUGUUUCCUAAGAGGAGAACUGGCAUGACUCACUUUUGAUCUGUCAGCUUUGUAUUGAUUUUUCUGGCAAACUUUGUAGGUCUGCCCAGGGUUGACUCCACUGGGAGCGGCUACAUUGUAACCCGCUGCGUCCAGAGUCGGUCAUUACAAAGACCACCAUCACAGGAUCGGAUUAUGCAUUUCUUUUUGUGGGAAUGUGGGAGGAGAGGAGGGAAACCGCAAUCCACAAAACCAAGGGUGUCCCUGGGCUUCCCCACUGCCUGCUGAAGGGAAGCCAGGCAGCUCUCUUCAUGCCUCUCCUGGGCUGGAGACUGAGGGCUGCCUUUGGAAAGAGGGGCUGGUUGGAGCUGACAGAGGCCCAGAGGCAAACCAAUUCCACCCUGACCUUUCCUCUACACUGGGAACCAGGGAGCCAGCGAUUGGAGGCUCAGAAGGAGGAUGGUGAGGUUUUAUGCACAGUUUAAAUAUAUUGCUAUGUAAUUUUCCAAUUUUAAAA